AUGUUUUUUGAUGAACGGUUUGUGAAUUAUGGGUGUAACAAGGUUCAAUACGUGGAUUUAAUUCGACAUCGCGGGUAUAAGUUCUAUAUUUUGAUCAAUUCGUUUGCUAUGGAUUUGGUUCAUCAUGAUUCGGCUUACAGAAAGACGUAUUUGGAUAAGCUUCGCGUUGGAACGAGACCAAUUAUGAAGAUUAUUUGCGAAAACUUCCAAGCCCGUGUGCAGCAAGUGUUCAAGACGGCCGAGAACCAGACGCAGAUUUGCCGAAGGAAUAACUUGUACAUCGAGCUUUAGUUUUUUGCCUUUUGU